AUGGGAAGAAAGACCGAUAUUAACAAUGAUGAUGAUGACGAUGAACAACAAUCAUCAUCAAGUGCAUCUCGAAUGACACCUAAUUCAAAUAAACAUGAAUCUCAAUAUAAUCUUUAUCGAAAUUUUGGUGAAAAUAAAUCAAAUAAUCAUAAUGAUGAUGAUAAUGAUUUAUUAAUACAUGAUACGAUAUUACCACAUCGAAAACGUGUACGAAAAGAUACUUUACAAUAUCUUCAACCUCAACAAUCAACAAAUUCUACUGAUAUAAUAGAUAAUGAAAAUGGUCAUAAUCAUAAUUCAAUUAAUGGUGAAGUUGAUUCAUUAUGUUCAAUAGAUACUGGAACAAUAUCUUCAUAUCAUCAACAAAAUCAAUUAGCAGCUGCAGCAAAUGGUCUUUUAAGUCUUUCAAAUUCUUUAUUAAUUAAUACAGAAGAUAAUCUUAAUGAAUGUCAUUCAAAUUCACUUAUGAAUGAUGGAACAUCAAAUGGAAAUCUAUCUUUAAUAUGCGGCGUUUGUCAAGAUCGAGCAUCGGGUAAACACUAUGGAGUAUUAUCAUGUGAAGGUUGUAAAGGAUUUUUUAAACGAAGUAUUCGUAAACAAGUAUUAUAUACAUGUCUUGGUACAAAAGAAUGUCCUAUUAAUAAAUUUAUGCGAAAUAGAUGUCAAUAUUGUCGAUUACAAAAAUGUCUUCAAGUUGGUAUGCGUAUUGAAGCUGUUCAAAAUGAACGACGACCUUCAACAAAUAAUACGAAUAAACAUGAUUUAAUGAUUAAUGGUAUUAAUAAUCAAAGAAUACGAAAACAAAAUGAUACAAAUUCAUUAAAUACAUUAAUAACUUCAUCUUCAAAUGGUAUUUAUCCAUUAACAUCAUUAUUAGCUAAUUUAACUAAUAAUCGAGAUAUGAAUACGACACAGAUAACAACAAAUGAAAAUAAAAAUCAACAACAAAGUACUUUACAUAGUAUACUUACAUCUACAUCAAGAGCGAAAUCACCAACAUUAUCAACAGCCACAUUUCUUUCUCCACCAUCUUCAACUUCAUCCUCAUCUGCAUCAAGUACAACAACUAGUCUUCGUAUUGAUUGUAAUAUAAAAACAGAAACAAUGGAUACAACAACAACGACGACGACAAAUAAAAAUCAAAAUCAACAACAAACACUUGCUAUUUCAAGAGCCUUUGAUAAUUUAGCUAAAGCUGCAUGUCAUUCUCGAUCAAAUAGUGUUACUAAUCCAAUGACUCUUGUCCAACAACAACAAUUAUUCAAUGAAAAACGUUAUUGGGAACAAGUUGAACGUCCAUUAGUUACUGAUAAAACAAGUAAAUUUACUAUAACUCCUCCAACAAAUAAUGAUUUUCAAGAUAUACAAUUAUUAUUACCAACAAAUAGUUUUAUAUGUGAAUCAGCAUCACGUAUUCUUUUUCAAUCAAUUGAUUGGAUAAAAAAUAAUACAUGUUUUCAAACGCUUGAAGCACAAAUACAAAUAAUACUAUUACAAAAUCAUUGGUUACCCUUAUUCAUUCUUAGUUUACUUCAAUGUUCAUCCACAAUUAAUUUAGCAAAUAUUCUUACUGCAUUACUUGCGAAAAAAUUAGUAAAUAAUGAAUCAAAUAAAUGGCUUGAUUUACGUCGUAUUCAAGCACUUCUCUAUGAAUUCGAUCGUUUACAUGUAACCGAUGUCGAAUUUGCCUAUUUGAAAUUAAUUUCAGUCUUUAAUCCUAGUAAUAAUACCGAGUGUAUUGCAUCAUAUGAUCAAAUUGAUGCCUAUCGUAUAUUAACAUAUAAAGAAUUAAAUGAUCAUAUAAAUGAUCGAAUAAUAUCAACAUCAUAUGAGGAAUAUUCAGGUGAUAGUGAACGAUUAGGUCGAUUAUUACUUAAAUUACCAUCAUUAGCUGAACUUGAUACAAAUAUUAUUGAAGAAAUUUUCUUUGUUGGAUUAAUCGGUUCAGUACAAAUUCAUAAAAUCAUUCCGUGUAUUCUUAAAAUGAAUGUUGCAUCAUCAUCAAAACAAAUGUCAUCAGCAUCGUCAAUGAUUAAAUGUGAAAAGAGUGAUCAACCACAGCAACAAGCACUCGUUUCGUCAUCAUUGUAG